CGAGCGGCCGGCGGCGGAGGGCGGGGGGCGCGGGCCAAGCAGGAAGUGGCUGAGGAGAAGCGGGCGCCGCGGAGGGGCCGGGCCGGGAUCCGGGCGCCCCCCGCCCGCAGCUGCAGACCCUGCGCUAUUCCUCACCAUGGGGGACAUGAAAACUCCGGAUUUCGAUGACCUGCUGGCAGCUUUUGAUAUCCCUGACAUUGACACAAACGAAGCCAUCCAUUCUGGCCAUGAGGAAGCGGAUGCUCACAUCAAGCAAGUCCCUGGAGAGCCGGGACCCCCUGACCAUGUCCUGCCCCACACAGACAUCACUGCUGUCAGUGUGAUCGUGAAGAACACGGUGUGCCCCGAGCAGCUCGAUGCCCUGGAUGGGCGCAGCAAAGACGGGCACGUCAUUGGCUCCCGCUUGCUGCAGAAUGGCUUUGGGGCCACCGAGAUGCCCAGAUCCCCCACCUCCAGGUCUGUGGAAGCUGUAGCCUCCUCCAACGGGGAGUGUUGGGUGAAGGAAAAAGGCCCCAAGCCCCUGGAUAUCUUUUCCCAUUUUAGCCCCGAUCCCAAUGAAGACAACACUGCCAACCUGAUUGACAGACCCCGGGAGUGCAAGGCCAAAGAGAAGUCCCUUGCUGUGCCCUCCCUCUCCCCAUCUCCCACCCUGUCCCUGGACUGCAAAGAGCCCAUGGGAGAGAGCACGGAGAACCUGCCCCCGGCUUUCCCGCAGCCCUUUGAAAGCGGCCAGGCCGGGGGUGCCCAUGGCUCCCCUCCUGCCAUCUCCUGCAUCAAGAAGGAGGAGUCUGACUCGGAGGAGGUGGGCCGCGAAGCCAGCCCAAAGGGUUUGGCUGCAGCCUUGGGGGACAGCCCCUUGGAGCACCUGAAAUCAGUCACCGUGCGCUACUCCGCGGAUGAUUCUCCCAUCACGUCCUGGCCUGGAUCAGACCCGAACCUGGACAGCAGCACCAGCAACCUUCCUGAAGUGAAGCACUCACCCGCCAGCCCCCGGGAGCCCUUCUUCAAGCCCUCCUCCCCAGUGGUACAAAGCCCCAGGCUCCCCACGUCUACGAAGCACCUGGACAGCAUCGCCCUCAAAGAAGAGCAUGAAGUUCUGGACAAGUCCAUGGGAAGUCCGCAGAGCAUGUCCAGUGCUGAGGAGGAGGAGGAGGAAGAAGACAACAACAAUGAUUCCCCUUCCUCCAACUCCUCACGGCCCCUGAAGGUGCGGAUUAAAACCAUCAAAACCUCCUGUGGCAGCAUCACCCGGACCGUGACCAGGGUCUCAUCGGACUCCGAGCCCGGCUCCACCAAGGGCCCACCUGAGCACAGCUCUCAAGAGACCUCUCUGGAGGGCGCCAGCUUCUCAGCAUCGGCAGACAAAGAGGAAGGGAUCGUGCUGGAGGUGUCCAAGGACAAAAUGGAGCUCUCCAGCCCCUUGAAAAGCACGGAGGGGCCAAAAAUCGUCAGUGUUCAGCUUGGCAACGGCACCAAGCUCAAAGGGACUGUCCUGCCCGUCUCCACCAUCCAGAACGCCAGCAGCGCCAUGCUGAUCGCCGCCAGUGUGGCUCAGCAGAAAUCCAUGGUGCUGCCAGCAAAGACAGGUAAGGCUGUGGCCAAGAACAUCAUCAACCUGGUGCCGCAGACCCUGCCCAAGGCCGACACCAGGACCAGCGUCAGCACCGUGACGCAGACCAGCACCAUCACCACCACAGCCAACCAGAAGGUCAACGGCACCACAGUGGUGAUGGUGCAGCCGCAGAAGCCUUCCCCUACCAUUGCAGGCACGGUCAUUUCCAGGAGCCAGUCCAGCCUCGUGGAAGCCUUUAACAAGAUCCUCAACAGUAAGAACCUCUUGCCAACGUACAAACCCAACCUGAACCCCCCGGCCGACGCCAGCCUCACGCUGCCUCCCUUCGGGUACCGCUGCCUGGAGUGCGGCGAUGCCUUUGCCCUGGAGAAGAGCUUGGCUCGGCACUACGACCGGCGCAGCAUGCGCAUCGAGGUCACCUGCAACCACUGCACCAAGCGCCUCGUCUUCUUCAACAAGUGCAGUUUGCUGCUGCACGCCCGCGAGCACAAGGACAAGGGCCUGGUGAUGCAGUGCUCCCAUCUGGUUAUGAGGCCCAUCGCUUUGGAUCAAAUGAUCGGGCAGCCGGACAUCACCCCCCUGGUCUCAGUGACCUCCUUCCCUGCUGGCAAAGUGACUGGUGUGGCUCAGGACACCUUGGCCACCGCCAACGGGGCUCAGGACCUCCCCAUCCUGCCUCUGAGCAACAGCUCGGAGCAGACCAACUACAGCUGCUUCAGGUGCCUGGAGUGCAAAGAGCAAUGCAAAGACAAAGCUGGGCUGGCUGCGCACUUCCAGCAGGCAGUGAGCACAGGGACGAGCAGCAGCACGGUUUGCACCACGUGCCCCAUGAUCAUGUCCAAUCGCUGCAGCUUCAAUGCCCAUCAGCGCAUCCACAAGAACCGCCCGCCCCACGUCUGCCCCGAGUGUGGGGGGAACUUCCUGCUGGCCAACUUCGAGGCUCACCUCAAGGACGCCUGCCUGCACUUCUCCCGCAGGGUGGGCUACAGGUGCCCCAGCUGCGCCGUGGUCUUCGGUGGGGUCAACUCCAUCAAGUCCCACAUCCAGACCUCCCACUGCGAGGUGUUCCACAAGUGCCCCAUCUGCCCCAUGGCAUUCAAGUCAGCCCCCAGCGCCCACGCGCACGUCUACACACAGCACCCUGGCUUCAGCAACCAGCAGUCCAAAAUGAUUUACAAGUGUGCCAUGUGCGACACGGUUUUCACCCACAAGCCCCUGCUCUCCUCCCACUUCGACCAGCAUCUCCUGAACCAGCGGGUCAGCGUCUUCAAGUGCCCGGACUGCCCGCUGCUCUUCGCCCAGAAGCGCACCAUGCUGGAGCACCUGAAGAACACUCACCAGCCCCAGAAGCCCAAGGAGGACCUGGCAAAGAAGGCGUCCAUCCUGCUGACACCGAAGCAGGAGCCUCUUGAGACCCCCGUGUCCAAGAUGUCGGAGUCGUCGUCGUCCUCCACGGAGGAGGAUGAACCCCCCAGCUCCCCUGAGCUGCGCAAGACCAAGCGGAGCCGCUUCCAGCGCAAGACGGUCAACAAGUCCAAGGGCAGCGGGUGGACGUGCGGCGUCUGCCACUCCUGGUUCCCGGAGCGCGAUGAGUACGUCUCCCACAUGAAGAAGGACCAUGGCAAGUCGGUGAAGAAGUUCCCAUGCCACCUCUGCGAGCGCUCGUUCUGCUCUGCUCCCAGCCUCCGGAGACACGUGCGAGUGAACCACGAAGGGAUCAAGCGCGUCUAUCCCUGCCGGUACUGCACAGAGGGCAAGAGGACCUUCAGCAGCCGGCUCAUCCUGGAGAAGCACAUCCAGGUGCGACACGGGAUCAAGGUGACCGACCAGGCAAAGAGCCAGGAGGUUGUUAUUGCCCGGAUAGGGACUGGCACCAUGCAGGCAUCCGGUCGGAAGCGGAAGCUGUCCUCGGAUGAUGGUGAUUCCUGCAGCGAGGAGCCCGACAGCACCACCCCCCCCUCCAAAACCUCCAAGGGCGACCGCAAGGCCCCAUUGCGGUGCCGCAAGUGCGGGUACCUGGCGAGCAGCUCUGCCGACUUCCAGGAGCACAUCCCCCAGCACCGGACUGACGAGAGCUCGCACCAGUGCCGUGAGUGUGGGCUCUGCUUCACCUCCCAGGUGUCCCUCAACCGCCACCGCUUCAUCACCCACAAGAAGAAGAAGGGAGCGGGGGAGCUGGAGCAGCCGGGGCCCCGGAGCCCGCUGGAAGGAGGAGCCCCGCACGCGGGCGAUGGGAAGCUCUCCUGCAAGGUGUGCGGCCGCUGCUUCGACAGCCAGCUCAACCUCAAGACCCAUUUCCGUACCCACGGCAUGGCCUUUAUCCGGGCCAGGCAGAACGCGAGCCCCGAGAACUAGGGCCCUGGCAGCGGCAAUGAGACGUGUACAUAACGAGCACAGGGCUCCUUGGGACCAGGGCUCUCCCUCCCUCCCUUCCUGCUCCUGGGCAGCGUUUUCAGCACGGGGCUGGAUGAAAGAGCCGUGAAGAGAAGACCCCAGCUCGGGGCACCCGGCUGCAUCCCCCAGGCCGGGGACUUGCCCCCUUCUGCUUUGUGGGCAGGAGCCAGGGGAAGGCAGGGAUUGCCUGGGCAGGAGAUGAGAGGCAGAGCCUGGAUGCACGGGCCCUGCUCUGGGGAGAGCACCCGGCCCUCGGGAGGGACAGCACCUUCCUUCCGCAGGGAUGGUUUGCACACCGGAGCGAUGCUCUCCUCUACACUGUGGGGCUCUCUUCAGCCCUUCCGUCUGCGUUGUGCUGUGAUGAAAGCAGAGCCUGGUUGAGGCCGUGUCCGUGCAGGACCCAGGGAGAUGUCUCCAUCGCAGGACAGAGACAGCUGCGCUGGGAGCUUGGCACAGCAAAAUCCACCUUUUCUUUUGGUUUCGUUUGGGUUUUGGUUGGUUGGGUUCAGUUUCUUUUUUUUUCCCUUCUGAAUGUUCCUUAUUUCCCAUUUUGCCGGCGCUGGGAUCUGGGGAGAAGCCGAAUCCGGCCUCUCCUUGGCUCCAUUCACCUGCCCUGAGCAUGAGGUUCCCCUUCACCAUCACUGGCACUGACUUCAGCCGCUCAUCGCUUCGUGCCACAGGACAGCCCCAGCUGGCACCUUCCCUUUGGCAGCAGAACAGAAGCCAAGAGAAGGGGCUCUGGGCAGGAUGAGCCCCAUGGCAGCACCAUCCCCACCCCAUGGAGCUGCACCGAGGGCAGGAUCGGUGCCGGCCACUACAGAGGGAAAGGUGCUGCCAAACCCCAUCACAGACUGAAACAGUGGGGCCUGGGGGGGGAGCUUCUCCAGGGGUGCUGCUGCACCCCCCUCCUGCCCUGCUCCCGGCACCGCUCUGGAGCCAUGGAGCAGCCUCAUCCCCUCCUUUGCACUGGGAACAGUGGCACCCCCCAUAGAAACUACUGGCAAAGACCCUUCCUCCUCGUUGUGUGCUUGGGGUGUUUGUGUGAGUACCGGGUUCAGUCCUUUCCCUUCGGGCUCCUCUCCUUGUGCGGUCCCCCUGACGCUCUGUAAAGCUGUAGCACACACUAAAGGUGACAAAACCACCCCCCUGCUGUUGUGA